ACAAGUUUAUUUGACUAUCCACGGUUGGGGGCGGGCCGGUAAAUGACCCGGAUGUGAUCGCGCACGUGCAGUCUGGGUCAGCCUCGGAUCGGUUCGGAUCUUCUGUGAUCUUGCGCGCAUCAAAUACCCGCUUUUAAGGUGAGUCUCUUCCUUGUGGUGACAGCAGAGAUGUUUCGUCUACCAGCAGUCAUGAGGCAGGUCAGACCCGUGUGCCGGGCUCUGGCUCCUCACCUCACACGAGCUUAUGCUAAGGAUGUGAAGUUUGGUGCUGACGCUCGCGCCCUCAUGCUGCAGGGCGUGGACCUGCUGGCUGACGCCGUGGCAAUUACCAUGGGUCCAAAGGGCCGCACUGUCAUCAUUGAGCAGAGCUGGGGCAGCCCGAAGGUCACCAAGGAUGGAGUGACUGUAGCCAAGAGCAUUGACCUCAAGGACAAGUACAAGAACAUUGGGGCCAAGCUGGUGCAGGAUGUUGCCAACAACACCAACGAGGAAGCAGGUGAUGGCACCACCGCUGCCACAGUCCUGGCACGCGCCAUCGCCAGAGAGGGCUUUGAUAGCAUUAGCAAAGGCGCUAACCCAGUGGAGAUCCGCCGCGGUGUCAUGAUGGCUGUAGAAACGAUCAUCGGUGAGCUGAAGAAGCUCUCCAAACCCGUGACCACACCUGAGGAGAUUGCACAGGUUGCUACCAUCUCAGCUAAUGGUGACAUAGAAGUGGGUAAGAUCAUAUCGGACGCGAUGAAGAAAGUGGGCCGUAAAGGAGUUAUCACUGUCAAGGACGGAAAGACGCUGCACGAUGAGCUGGAGAUCAUCGAGGGUAUGAAGUUUGACCGUGGUUACAUCUCGCCUUACUUCAUCAACACUGCCAAAGGUCAGAAGUGUGAGUUCCAGGACGCCUAUCUGCUGCUGAGCGAGAAGAAGAUCUCCAGUGUCCAGAGCAUUGUUCCUGCCCUGGAGAUUGCAAACCAGCACCGCAAACCGCUCGUCAUCGUGGCUGAGGACGUGGACGGAGAGGCCCUCACCACCCUGGUUCUCAACAGGCUGAAGGUGGGCCUGCAGGUGGUGGCAGUCAAAGCUCCAGGCUUUGGAGACAACAGGAAGAACCAGCUGAAGGACAUGGCCAUCGCCACCGGGGGCACUGUGUUUGGAGAUGAAGCCCUGGGCUUGGCUCUGGAGGACAUCCAGGCUCAUGACUUCGGUAAGGUGGGAGAGGUUCAAGUGACUAAAGACGACACUCUGCUGCUGAAGGGAGGCGGCAGCGCUGCAGACAUCGAAAAACGGGCGGCAGAGAUUGUCGAGCAGUUGGAGAACACCACCAGUGACUAUGAGAAGGAGAAGCUCAAUGAGAGGCUGGCCAAGCUUUCCGAUGGCGUGGCCGUGCUCAAGGUUGGAGGAACGAGUGACGUGGAGGUGAACGAGAAGAAAGAUCGUGUGACUGACGCGCUGAACGCUACAAGGGCGGCCGUGGAGGAGGGCAUUGUGCCGGGUGGAGGCUGCGCCCUGCUGCGCUGCAUCCCGUCUCUGGACAGCCUCAAAACAGCCAACAACGACCAGAAGAUCGGUGUGGACAUCAUCAGGCGGGCUCUCCGUAUCCCCGCCAUGACCAUUGCUAAGAACGCCGGUGUGGAGGGUUCACUGGUGGUAGAGAAGAUCCUGCAGAGCUCGGCUGAGAUCGGGUACGACGCCAUGCUGGGCGAGUACGUCAACAUGGUGGAGACGGGCAUCAUCGACCCCACCAAGGUGGUGAGGACGGCGCUGCUGGACGCAGCGGGAGUCGCCUCCCUGCUGGCCACCGCUGAGGCGGUCGUCACGGAGAUCCCCAAGGAGGACAAGGAGCUGCCUGGAGGCGGGAUGGGCGGUGGCAUGGGUGGGAUGGGCGGUGGCAUGGGUUUCUAAGGUUGUCACCUCAACGCGCUGUACAGACUAAUGGGCGGGGCUGCGGCUGGAACAGGUACUGUGCAGGAAGCACCGCCCCCUCACUAAAAGUCUCCAUUCUGAUUGGUAAUGAGUACGACAGUUCUGGCCAUGCCUCCUCACGGGGCUUCAUCCUCCUCUCUGGAGGAUCCGGACCAGGAGCUCGUGCCCACACCUGCUCUACUCAAAAACUGUCGCACCAAUCCAGUCCCCUUCCUGCCCAGGAAGGUCAGAGGUCAUGUUGAUGUGAUGUUGAUGUUGAAAGCGCAGCGUCUGAAUGAUGAGUCGAUUGUUUUCUUUUCAUGUUCUCUUUUUUUCCCCACCCAGCUGUUAAAAUGUGAGUAAUUUGAUUUGAUUAAACUAAUUUUUGUAAAGAGGA